CAGUCACAAGAGGAGGAGGUCGGGACACAGAUGCUGGGACCCAGUCACAAGAGGUGGAGGUCGGGACACAGAUGCUGGGACCCAGUCACAAGUGGAGGAGGUCUGUACACAGAUGCUGGGACCCAGUCACAAGAGGUGGAGGUCGGUAAACAGAUGCUGGGACCCAGUCACAAGAGGAGGAGGUCGGGACACAGAUGCUGGAACCCAGUCACAAGAGGAGGAGGUCUGGACACAGAUGCUGGGACCCAGUCACAAGAGGAGCAUGUCAGGACACAGAUGCUGGAACCCAGUCACAAGAGGAGGAGGUCAGGACACAGAUGCUGGGACCCAGUCACUAAAGGAGGAGGUCAGGACACAGAUGCUUGGACCCAGUCACAAGAGGAGGAGGUCAGGACAUAGAUGCUGGGACCCAGUCACUAGAGGAGGUAGGGACAGGGAUGCUGUGACCCAGUCACAAGAGGUGGAGGUCGGGACACAGAUGCUGGGACCCAGUCACAAGAGGAGAAGGUCAGGGCACAGAUGCUGGGACCCAGUCACAAGAGGAGGAGGUCAGAGCACAGAUGCUGGGACCCAGUCACAAGAGGAGGAGGUCAGGACACAGAUGCUGGGACCCAGUCACAAGAGGAGGAGGUCAGAGCACAGAUGCUGGGACCCAGUCACAAGAGGAGGAGAUCAGAGCACAGAUGCUAGGACCCAGUCACAAGAAGAGAUGGACCGGACACUGUCGCAGUCCCAAGAAGCAGACAGGCAAUCCCAGGAACACCAGCCCAUUUUGUUGCUCACCAACAGUAUUGAUGAUAGUGACAUAGAAACAUCCGUAUGGUGGAGAAGGCUGAGCUGCGAGGCAAGCAGAUCACAAGGUGUUUUGGGGGUGUGUUUCCAGCACCAUCCAGCAGCUGAUCUAGCAGUCAUCACCCACCAGUUGCUGCACAACAAGGUGUUAGCAGUCCAAGACUGGUCUGUGUUCUGGCAGCAGAUUCGGAUGAACAGCAAUGUAAAAGUGAUGAGCUCUAGGCUGAAAUUCCAUGUUGCUUGACACAGGCUGAACUUUCCCCAGUGAUAUCAGAAGAGGUCCAGCCCCAAACAAAGUGGCAUCCAGGGAGUGGAAGUUGGCCCAGUGAUAUCAGAAGAGGUACAGUCCCAAACAAAGUGGCAUCCAGGGAGUGGAAGUUGGCCCAGUGAUAUCAGAAGAGGUACAGCUCCAAACAAAGUGGCAUCCAGGGAGUGGAAGUUGGCCCAGUGAUAUCAGAAGAGGUCCAGCCCCAAACAAAGUGGCAUCCAGGGAGUGGAAGUUGGCCCAGUGAUAUCAGAAGAGGUCCAGCCCCUAACAAAGU